AUGGCACUGGAAUUGUCAGCACUUAGUCUUGCUAUUGUAGAAGAAGAAAAGAGGAAUAGGAGGCGUAAAAUUCGGAGAAACCGCAGUAAAUGGGUGAAAUCUUGGAUACUACAGCGACAAGCUCAAGGGGCUUUCCCGAACCUUUGUCGAGAGCUAGAGAUUAGAGGUCUACACGGAGGACCCGAGGACCCUGGAUCCUUCCACAUGUUGAAGGAACUCAUCAGUCCGAUCAUCCAAAGGCAAAACACAAACUACCGUGAUUGUAUCUCCGUCGGUGAACGCCUCAUGAUUACACUGCGGGGAAAGCUUCAGGAGCCUAACCAGUUCCGAGUGGGGGUAUCAACCAUUCGACAAUUCAUUCCUGAAACCUGUUCUGCAAUCUAUCAGGUUUUAAAAGAUAAAUACCUCAAGUGCCCUGACACAGUGGAACAGUGGCAGCAAGUAGCACAUGGAUUUGAGACUCAGUGGAACUUCCCAAACUGCCUGGGUGCUCUGGAUGGAAAACACAUCGACAUUUGCCCCCCUCCUGCAUCUGGAUCAACAUUCUACAAUUACAAGCAUUCAUUUUCAAUAGUUCUAAUGGCACUGGUUGACAGCAGUUACAGGUUCCUGUAUGUAGAUGCUGGGUGCAAUGGACGGAUUUCUGACGGUGGAGUGUUUGGGGGGUGCUCACUGCAGAAUGCCCUAGAAAAUAGAACUAACAUCCCUGCCCCUGCACCACUUCCUGGUUCUGACCAGCUGGCUCCUUAUUGUAUUGUGGCAGAUGAAGCAUUUCCCUUGAAGGAGUAUUUCAUGAAGCCAUAUCCAAACCGCAGACUAUCAGUUCAGCAACGCAUCUUCAAUUACAGACUUUCACGAGCUUGGAGGGUGGUAGAAAAUGCUUUUGGCAUCCUGGCAAAUCGUUUUAGAGUCUUUCUAACCACCAUUAACAUUCAAGAUACUGCCAAAGUGGAGGACAUUGUUUUAGCUUGCUGUGCUCUGCACAACUUUCUGCAGACAGAAUGCGCUAUACAUGUUAGGAAUCGACCAGGAAGGGCCAGAUCAUGACACUGUUCCAGGAAGAUGGAG